GUGAGCUCAUGGCGGCAAAAAGCAGUUCGCCGAGCCCGAGCAAACUUCCCGAGCGCGACCGAUGUGACCGAGUGACGCUUCGGCCAUCACAGCUUCCAUCACAAGCACACAAAAACUUCCACCGGCAGCAACACAAAGCACAGGCAACUAAUUUGUCGUGUAGUGUUCUCACAAUCUAUUGAAUCGCUUCGGAACAACAAACAAACAAAUGACACGGCUACUCCAACACCUAUUCUUCACAUGGCUCUCUUGCAGUCUGGCAGAUGCGUUUACUACGGCUCCCAAUCAGUUCCAAUCCUCCUUUUUGGGACAGUCAUCACCAUCACCGUCACCAUGGCACUCUUCCACUAGUAUCUCCAGUGGAGGGACAUUCAUGAGAGGCGGCACCAUCAAGAUGGACAUGGAAGAACCAUACAGCCACGCCAAAACAAAAUUCAAGGUGCCCUUGCCACAGUUCCAGACACAUUUGCACAUUCCCAAGCCUCCACAACAGCAAAAACAAGAACAAACUGUGCUUGAUAACAAAAACAGGAACAUGCAGGAGAUCGACCUAGCUCUGGCCCAACAUGGCAUGCCUUGGAAAUCUUCCAUCGAUCCUACAUAUGCCAAUCCCAGAGACCCCACAAGCCAAGAGUUGUUUUACAUGCCCUUUUUCGAAUGGCAACUCGAUUUCAUGAAGACCCACUUGACCGAUCUACGUCUUGUCCCGACCGCAUCCCAGCAAGGACAGGAUUUGACCUACCUUUCCAACCCCGAUCAACAAGUCCGCAUGGUCACCUACACAUUUUCAUCCAAAGAAUUCCGCAAAAUACGCAUGACGGUAUACGAUGCCGGAAAUCGCACUCAAGUCUUUACAUCCUUGUGGUAUCCCAACGAAGACUACAAUCUGCCCGUUUUGGGAACCGAUCUACUCCAAUUUGCCUCUGGCACGCGUCACCUCUGUGUCGUUGAUUUGCAACCCACUUCUUCUUCUACUAAGAAGUAUGAACACUUGUUGAAACCCAUUCGAGACCACUAUCCAUCACUACAGGGGCGCAUGACCAAACGAUUCUACGAUGAAUCCCAAUUCUUUUCCCAACAAAUGCUAUACAGUCGAUUUGACGAUUGGCAGGCAUCACAACAAUCACAUCCUGCCUACACGGACUUGUUUCCCGCCUACCAACAAUACGUACAAACACACUUGUCUUUGAUCCAAACUGCGACACCCAAUCCUCACACUCGGCAUUCCGUACGACAAGGACAAGCCGCUUACGAUGCCUAUUCGGCUGUACGAGAUCCGGCCCAUGCCAUGUUUGCCAAGGUAUUUGGACCCGAUGUGGCCGAUGCCUUUGUCUACGAUGUACUAUUCUCGUACAGUAAAGAACAUGACCAACAACCACAAGUAUAA